AAAACGUAACGGCUUUAAUUUUAUUUUCAUUCUUGUAAUUCGUCAAAUAUAAUUAGUCUGUGAUCCGUUAAAAUCUACUUUCCAUACAUAUUAAUCGGAGAAAACCACUUCCAUAAUAAUACUGUGAUCCAUCUCGUACCAUUUAUCGAAAAGCCAAUUGGAGAAGAUUUUUCUUGCUGUGAAAGUUUUUGUUCGAAAAUGGGACGAUUAUUCUUCGUCGGCGGCAACUGGAAAUGCAAUGGAACCUCGGAGGAGGUUAAGAAGAUUGUGUCAAUACUUAAUUCUGCUCAAGUGCCAUCUAAAGAUGUUGUAGAGAUUGUGGUGAGCCCUCCUUUUGUCUUUAUCCCCUCUGUUAAAAGCGAACUGAAGCCUGAAUUUCAUAUCGCUGCUCAAAAUUGUUGGGUUAAAAAAGGAGGUGCAUUCACCGGUGAAAUUAGCGCAGAGAUGCUUCUGAACUUGGGCAUCCCUUGGGUUAUCGUUGGUCACUCUGAAAGGAGAGCUCUAAUGAACGAAUCAAACGAGUUUGUUGGAGACAAAGUUGCGUAUGCGCUUUCUCAAGGCUUGAAGGUGAUUGCUUGUGUUGGGGAGACUCUUCAAGAGCGGGAAGCUGGAACAACUAUGAAAGUUGUUGCUGAACAAACUAAGGCAAUUGCAGAUAAGAUAAAAAACUGGGAUAAUGUUGUCCUGGCUUAUGAGCCAGUUUGGGCUAUUGGAACCGGAAAGGUUGCUACCCCAGCUCAGGCUCAAGAAGUACAUGCGGAAUUAAGGAAAUGGCUUGAAACAAACAUUAAGGCUGAAGUUGCUGCUAAAACUAGGAUUAUAUAUGGAGGAUCUGUAAAUGGUUCCAAUUGCAAGGAAUUGGCAGGACAAAAUGAUCUCGAUGGUUUUUUAGUUGGUGGAGCUUCUCUUAAGCCUGAGUUUAUUGACAUCAUCAAGGCUGCUGAAGUAAAGAAAUGAAUUUUGUAUCGGUUGUGAUGCCAAAUUUUGAUGAUUUAAUCAAGAUGAUCUCUUCAAUUUAUGAUGCAAUUGGCUGUUUUUUGUUUUUUAAUUAAAUUCGUUGUAUGAAAUAAGCAAAUAUUGAAUAUAUUAAUCGUUAGAAAUCAUGGUAUGUCUUUUAAAUUUAAUGAAC